UCAAGAAGCUCUGGAAAGUAGAGUUGUGAGUUCUCGCGAUGCGAGACUUGCGACGCCAGACUGCGAGACCGACACGAUUCCAGUAAGAGUACCGAUCAAAUUCAGAAAUGUCUGGUCGCUCGGUCCGCGCGGAGACCCGAAGCCGCGCUAAAGAUGACAUUAAGAAAGUGAUGGCGGCUAUUGAGAGAGUACGGAGAUGGGAGAAGAAAUGGGUCACAGUUGGAGAUACAUCAUUAAGAAUAUUUAAAUGGGUUCCUGUGGUGGACACAAAGGAGAAGGACAAGAGCAAGGUGUCUGUGGGUGGUGAGAUUCAACGGAAGAAUUUUCCCACAGAAGAGUCAUCUGAUAACUCCUGUUCUGUACUGUUAGAUUUUCAAGAUGAGAACAGCAACCAGAGUUCUCUGUCAGACUCGUACCAGCUUAAAGUAGCUGCAGACAGCAGCAAUAACUCCAGUCCACAGCCCAGUGAGCCGGUCAGCCCUGCACUUCAGAGUCUAGACUACCCUACAGAUGAUCCACAGCCGCCCACCCUCGGCCAAGAAUUCAUGGAAGAGCCGCUGCUGCAGUCAAGUGAGAUCGCAGAUGAGCCACCGAGACUGAUCAAGGAAGAUCUUUUACCCCUCACUGCUCAGGAGGAUGAGGACAGCUGUGGAGCCCCACCACUGAAAAGAAUCUGUACUGAGCAGGUCUCGGUCAUUCAGGCGGCCCCUUUUAGUUAACACACACACACACGCACACACUGUACACUGGGCAUUGAUAAUCAGCCAGACUGAUCACUGACCUUCCUAGAACUGCUGCAAAAGACACAAUAUGGACCAGACAUCGAAAAAGCACUAUAUUUAUUAUCGCAUGGGAUCGCUUUGCAACAUUUUAGCAACAUUGUAGCCCUUUGUAACUCCCAGAAUAUGCUUCCAUUCGUGUUAUGUCAGGAUUAUUGUUCAUUUUUGAAGAUCUCAUAGUAGAAUCUCUGAAUUAGAAUUGUUAUCUCUUACACUAAUUCUGACAUAACCUGAAUGAAACAUUGAUUCAACGUUUAUAGGCCACCCCCCCCCCAAAAAAGAGACUAUUAACUAGACAUUCCUGUUUACAGGGAGAAUGAAUGAAUGUACUAUCACCAUAAAGCCCUUGUUGAAAUUGCUGUUACAGUUAUUAUAAUGCUAAUAGUUUUAUUUGAUCUUCAGUUGAAUGUGAUGCUUGUUAAAAAAAAAAGAAAGCCAUAAUCUAAUUUCAUGCUGACUAAAGGAUUAGCCAUUAUUGAAAAAAAAUCAAAUCCUCCAAAACCAAGACAAAAAGCAAGUUAAAUGACUACUUGAAAUGCAAUUUAAUACACCAGCUUUAUGCACAAGUACUCUUAUUAGACCACACCAUUCCCUUUUAAUAAAAACAAUGACUCAACAUGCAGAAUGUCUUCGAAUAAAUUCUGUAAGAUUACAUGCAUACAGAUUAAAAUGAAGUAUUUAAGUCAUGUUUCAAAAGAUGUGAAUAAUAUCUAGAUUUUCUGUUUGUAGAUUCUGCUCUCAGGGUCUGUAGUACCUCCAACUGUCUAUCAGCUCUCAUUUGUUGCAGUAAUUGAACAUUUACUUUUUUUGUCUCUGUAUUACACCCCUAAAAACGCCUGUCUUUUAUGCCACCUUUUAUUUUUUGCAAACUGGUCUAGUGGGCACUUUGAGUUCAAUGAAGCAGUCAUAUUGUUAUUUGAUGCAAAUAUCAUUAAAAAAUUUAGACCUUUCAA